CAGUGCUUGGCACCUAGGAAGCAUUUAAAUACUGUUAUUAUGACUAUUGACAUUACUUAAACCGUGAGCCCCUUGGGGCGGGAACUGCGUCUGACCCAAUCAUCUAUCUAGUACCCUAGCGCUUAGUACAGUGCUUGGUACAUAGUAAGCAUUUACCCAAUAUCACAUUUAUCAUUAUUUUGCUCUUUAGCAUGACUGUUCUCCUCUCCUAGACCCUUCCUUCACCUCCUUCCCAACUCUUGCCUUUUCCAACCUGAAAUCCCAGGGGACACCAAUGUUGGUCUAAUUCCCUUAAUGUAAUAUUUCUGUCACUAAAUGGCCCCUGGACGGGCAUUAAGUUGUGGAAAUCCAACUGCCAGGUACGGUGUCUGCCUCCCAUUUGAGUUUCGGAGCCAAAUCAAGGCCAAUUUAAAGGAUCUGCUGCACCCACUUUAUUUUCAAAAAGCAGUUCCGUUUCCAGAGCCUCAUAUGUUCUUUCCGAUGAGAAACUGGUUGGUUUGAAAGCAGCAAAAUGUCUCCAGCCACCCUAAAGCCAUCAGUCUUCUUCCGAGGAGAAGAAGAGGGACCAAGCAGGAAACCGUUGAAGGACCCCAUCCGCGUGUGACGCAAGUGUCGGAAAUCUCGGGCCCACAGGCGCCGAGAGGGGCAGGAGCUUCCUACCUCGGCCUGUCCUGAAUCGGAACGUCAGCCCCGAGUGCUGCGGAAACUGAAGCAACACCCUGCAGUCUGCGAGACGACGCUGCCCAAGGGCCCCCCCCAACCCCAUCCAGUCGCGGUGAGAUGGAGGUCAGCCACUCGGUCAAGGAGCGCACCAUCGCUGAGAACAGCCUGGUCAUCCUGCUGCAGGGCUUGGUUGGCCAGGUGACCACGGUGGACAUGCGGGACGAGAGCCUGGCCCGGGGCCGUGUGGCCAACGUGGACGCCUUCAUGAACAUCCGCCUGGACCAGGUGACCUACACGGACCGGUGGGGGCGAGAGGUGCAGCUGGACGACCUGUUCGUGGCGGGCCGCAGCGUGCGUUACGUCCACAUCCCGGACGGGGUGGACAUCGCCGCCACCAUCGAGCGGCAGCUGCAGGCUAUCCGCAGGGUGCGCAACUUUGGCAGCGAGGGCAAGGGCAGGCGGGAGUUUGCCACCAAGAAGAGCAAGUAAACUCCCCUUCAGGAUCCCGGAGCUCUUUCCAGCCCAAGGGGCGGCUGCCUUGACCUGUCCCCACCCCCUCCCCAGGACUCCCUCCCAGCCCCGCCUGACCGAGCUGCCUCCUCUGGCCCAGGAAGCCAAUGUGAAUGACCUAAGAGCCACCAGCCAGCCACAUCUCCCUUUCACGAGCCCCAGACCUGACCUUUAGACCCAAAAAUCUGUCUGCGGCUUGAAGCCUGCCUUAGGUUAGGUCUCCGGAAGUCCAGAUUUUUCCACAGAUCAAACCCCUCUGUGAGAGUCCUGAAACUCCCCAAAUCUUCUCUUUUGAAGUUCAUCCUCACCAGGGCCCCAGUUUCAUAGCACCGUUGAUAUUCCCGGCCGUUCCGUGUGUCCUCUCGACGUCUUCUUGGGAAGCUGAACCCUUCGGUCCUUGGCGAUUUUUUCAACUCCAGAGUUUCGGUUCCUCCGUCCCGACAGACCGUAGGAUUGGUCGGGGCAGAUCUGCUGUUCUUGGGUGAUUAACUGAGGAGGCUACUGGUGUAUUUCCUCCGCUUCUCCCUCCCCUCUUGGGGACCAACCCGGAAACCACACGGACAGCGAUGAGGUGAACAAAGGGGCGGGUGGAUUGUCUGUGCCCUCUGAUGUGCCCGCGGAGAAGAAAGCCGCUCGUCCAGGGUCAGCUCAUCGGAUCUGUGACCCACACGCACCUGGGACACUGCAGAGAGGGGAAAUCGGUUCCAUAGGAAGGCCGGGCCCAGCUGAAACAAAGAAAUGACGCUGAGCUGGGCUGCCUCAGAAGCGUGUGCCAGGGGUGGGGAGGGUGCAGUGCUUCUCUGCCCCCAUUUCCACCCCAGAGGAGUGAGGACGAAGAGGGGAAGAAGGCACAGCCGGAGAGCAGGCGGGCCCGGGUGGGGCCGGAUUACACGGACCCCUGAAUCAACCACUUUGUCACCAUUUCCACUGCUGGCCGGGAGAGGAGCCGGGAGGAAACGGAUAUUCCAGGAUCAAAGCGCCAACCGGAAACUAACUACUCCAAAACUGAGAGAGGGCACGUUAUUUUCGCUCGCUGUUUCGGGGCAGCCCUCUUGAGAGCUUGAUCCCUGGCACAGGAAGGGCCCAGUCCCCUGACCGGAGCAGAAGCCUAGAAUUAAAAGGCUGUUCACCACCCUGCCCCUGAGGUGGGAAAUGCCCAGCUCCACGGGAUAAAGUGACUCCUCUCCCUGGAAAGCGGCUCUCCACCCCACCCCGACCACCUGCUUACUCAUAUUUGUAGUCUCUGAGGCAGGUGGAAAUUGUCCAGGAGGGUGAGUCAGGUGACACACUGAAAUGAAGAAGCUGCCUGGUCCCAGUCAGUACCUCCCCCCCCCCACACACACACAUAGAGGCAGGCCUCAGGAACGGAAAAUGGCGGGAGAAGAAGAGGCCAGGGCUGAAGGCAUUCUGGGGACAUAGAGGCCGGCGGUUUGGACUCCUGGGCCUUUCGGAUUUUUCCAGGUCUUCUGAGGGUUGGCUCGUUCCCCCCCUCUUUCUUUAUGUCCUCCUCCGUGACGGGGUGAUUAAGUCACCUGGGCUGGGGCAAGGGAGUGGCCGAAAUCAUCAGUGGUCUGGGGGAUGGGAGAAUCAACUGACCUUUUGUACACUUCCCUCCCGAAAUGAACAUUGUUCAUGGAAAAUCCCAGUUGGGGCUCUGAAUUAAUGCCGAGAAUUUACUGAAAAGCCAAAGGAAUUAACAUAAAGCCAUUAAUAGGUUCCCAAGAGUCAAAAAGGACCAAAAUAAUGUGAAUACAAGUGAUUUUUUUUUCAAAAUAGUCAACAUUGAUUUAUUGGAAAUGUAAAGAAGUACAAAUAAAAAAUGAUUAAAGAAUUA